UGGGAAGCGUAUAUAUUGGAGGCAGCGAGCGGGACCCACACAGUCAGCAGCUGGACGCCAACCAACCACCAUGAACGCAAAGAUUGUGAUCCUCCUCGGCCUGGUCGCCAUGGCCGCCGCCGACAGUGAUGAGUUCAGGGGUUACCGCGCCCCCAGGGCAUCCUCCGAGGAGUCGUACGAGUCCUACGAGUCCUCCGAGGCCCAGUACAACUUCCAGUGGGCCGUGGACCACGACCCCUCCAGCAACGAGUUCGGCCACCAGGAGGCCCGCGACGGUGACAACACCAAGGGCUCCUACUACGUGCAGCUUCCCGACGGCCGCCUGCAGCAGGUGACCUACUACGUGGACGGCGACUCUGGCUACAUCGCUGACGUCAAGUACACCGGCUCCGCCUCCUUCGAAUCCGACGAGUCCAACGAGUCCUUCCGUUACUACGGAUCCAACGAGUCCAAGUACUGGUGUGGGGAACAAGGCCAGGUAGCAGCGACUGACAGGUCGACGCGCCGCUGCCGGUAUAUAUUGCAGGCAGCGGCCGGGACCAUCACAGUCAGCUUCUGCAUCGACUCCACACACACCAUGAACGCCAAGAUCGCCAUCCUCCUCGCCCUCGUGGCCGUGGCCGUCGCCGACAGAGGCUACGGCUCCCACAGCUCCGAGGAGUCCUACGAGUCCUCCGAGGCCCAGUACAACUUCCAGUGGGCCGUGGACCACGACCCUCCAGCAACGAGUUCGGCCACCAGGAGGCCCGCGACGGUGACAACACCAAGGGCUCCUACUACGUGGAGCUUCCCGACGGUCGCGUCCAGAACGUUGCCUACUACGUCAACGGUGACUCUGGCUACAUCGCCGACGUCACCUACACCGGCUCCGCUGAGUCCUUCGAGUCCGACGAGUCCAACGAGUCCUUCCGUUACUACGGAUCCAACGAGUCCAAGUAAAUCACCGGCUGCCUUCCUUUCCUCCUGCACCGACAUGACGUGUUCAAAUCUUCAGCGUGACCCUUGAUGGUUGCGCAUGUAUUUAUUUCUUUAUUUAUUAAACACUUUUGAUGCA